GGCUUUUUGGAAAACUGAGGCUGAAGGUGGUAGCCCCUGCCCACUCCAAGCCGCAAGGAGCCUGCCCUUUCGCUGCAGACUGUGCCAUAGGCUAGCGAGAAGGAGAGCGGCGUCACUGGGAGGAAUUACAGGCUGCUCGGUCUGCCUGCGUUACUUGCUAGCUGGAAGUUGCCUGCUCAUGUAAUGCACGCACUUACUCAGGAAAUCAGAAACUUCUCCAAGAAAAAUCUUAAGAAGCAAUGCACAAGGGUAACAACUUUAACGGGGAAGAGAAUUACAGAGACAUGGAAAGAUGCCCGAGUGCAGGUGGUGGAAGAAGCAGAGCCAAGCGAUGGGUUCGGUUGUGGUUACGUUCAGGACCUUAGCUCGGACCUGCAGGUUGGCGUUAUUAAGCCCUGGUUGCUGCUAGGAUCACAAGAUGCUGCUCAGGAUCUGGAGACAAUGAAAAAAUAUGGGGUUACUCAUGUCCUAAAUGUGGCAUAUGGAGUUGAAAAUGCCUUCCCCAAUGACUUUAUAUACAAGAACAUUUCUAUACUGGAUCUCCCUGAGACUGACAUCACAUCAUAUUUCCCAGAAUGUUUUGAAUUUAUUGAGCAAGCCAAGAUGCUGGAUAGAGUGGUGCUGGUUCACUGUAAUGCAGGAGUUUCUCGUGCUGCCGCAAUCAUCAUUGGUUUUCUAAUUAAUUCAGAAGGACUCAAUUUUGCUAGAGCAUUUUCUUGGGUGAAAAAUGCAAGACCUGCUAUCUGUCCAAAUCCUGGCUUCAUGGAGCAGCUUCACAAGUACCAAGAGUGCAGUAAAAAGGCAAAUGGAAGCAUAAAUGAUCACAAAUGAUAAAAUGAGAGAAAUGCAUGCAACUAUCUGUGUGGUUAUACUGUAACAAAUGUGCUGGCAGAACAUACCUUAAACUGUCGUUUCUGAAUUUAAAGAUCUAUGUAUGAGGGGAGGGUAAAUUCAUUUCCCGCACAGUUAAUUCUUCGGCUUUUUAGUCUCAAUGGACUGUUACACUUGUUGGUCCAGACAUCAAGUUGCUAACAGACCAGCUUUUCCCCUGAUAUUCUUCCAUUGACUUCAGAGAUGAUUUGGCCCAAGGACACAUUUUUCCCUGGGAGUGGUGAGAAAACGAUCAAACAAGUUCUGGUUUGUUUGAAAUAUCAGAUAGAACAGAAUGGUAGGUUUUCAUUGAACAGUCUGUGGAAAUAGCAAUAGAAAAAAUAAAAUAAAAUGCAGGCUCAGAUAAUAAAGUUACCCCCAUCUACUUUAAUACCAAGUCCAAUCUUUACCCAUUCUAGCUGGUUGUAAAAUCUAGAUAAUAAACUGUUCUUAUAACAAA